AUGAGAAUGCAGAGAGAGACUGGUUGUGAAGGUCGACUUGGCGUCGGAGUAGCAGCACCGUUUGGAGGUGUGGAUCACAAUAACCCAAGCGAGGCAGCUUCUAUCGAGAGGAAUUCAUGGGAGAAAGCAGGGGAGCAAGGAGGGGAAGGAGGGGAGCAAAGAAGAGAGCAAAGGAAGGCGCAACAGGAGUCUGGAUAUGAGGGUGAGCAACGGCAAUCCGCAAAGGGCGGCGAGCGCGUGCAAGAAGAUUCGGUUGCCCAUCAAGAGACAUUGAGAAUAAUGUCUUGGAACGCCAACAGUUUCCUGCUGCGACUGAGACACAACCGGGCGGAGUUGGUUGGCUUUAUCUGCAAGCACUCGCCUGAUGUCAUUGCCAUCCAGGAGGUGCGCAUGCCAGCAGCAGGGCGGAAGGGCGGGCCUCUCAACCAAUCAGAGCUCAAGGAUGACACGAAGCAAGCCCGGGAGGAGAGGCAGUUUAUGCAGCAUGCGCUGGCAUCACCACCGUUCUCCCUGUACCGGGUGUGGUGGUCCCUCGCCCCCACCAAGUAUGCCGGCACAGCCAUGCUGCUCAAACGCUCCCUGCUGCCCCGCCUCCUCUCCGCCUCCUUCUCCCUUGACGUGAGUGAGUUCAGUGCGGUUCAGUGUGGUGCAGUGCGCAGCAAGCAGGUAGAGAGCGUCGUUGCCAUUCUCCCUGUACCAGGUGUGGUGGUCCCUCGCCCCCACCAAGUAUGCCGGCACAGUCAUGCUGCUCAAGCGCUCCCAGAUGCCUCACCUCCUCUCCGCCUCCUUUUCCUUGGAUGUGAGGUGGACUUCUCCCUCUCCUUCUUCCAUCCUUCCGCUCCCCUCAACACAGACGUGCCAAACAAUGGCUUCUCCAAAGACUCUCUCAACUUCCCUCACUCCUCCAUCCUCCUCCCCGCAUCCCUCUCUCUGCAGGUGGGAGCAACGGAACAGGGAAAACAGCGGAGGCAGCAGCACGAGGCAGACGGGAGGGCGAUCAUUUUGGAGUUUCCAUCCCUGCGCCUCCUCAACACCUACGUGCCAAACAAUGGCUUCUCCAAAGACUCUCCCAGCUUCCCCCGCCGAGCUGAGUGGGACGAUCGCAUCCGUCGGUUUCUCACCAGCGACGCUGUGCGAUCCAAGCCGUUGAUCUGGCUGGGCGAUCUCAAUAUUUCUCGUACGUCGACCGCUCUUCCGCUACCGUCCCACCGCCCUUCCUUCUCCCCUCCCAACACCAGUCCAACAGACGAUGACGUCAGCGACCCUGAGUUCUUCCGUGCGGCGACCAAUGGCGAGCCGGCCACUGAUCCCGGGGAUCGGGGGCAGCCAGGGUUCUCUCUCAACGAGCGGAUGAGAUUCGCCGAGACUCUGAAAAGGGCCGGCUUGACAGACGCGUAUCGCCACAUGCACCCCAGCAAGGACAUGCAGGCAGGCUUCACGUGGAGUGGCAACCCUGUGGGGAGGUACCGAGGCAAGCGCAUGCGGGUUGACUACUUCUGUGUGUCUAACAACCUUCUGCCCCGAGUGGCUGCAUGUGACAUUCACGGGCAAGGUUUCGAGGGUGAGGGGUUUCUUGGAAGUGACCAUUGUCCCAUCACCCUCACCCUUCGGCCAAACUGA